AUGGCGGUGCUCAUUGGUCAAUUCGUCGGAACAAGGAGGUCAGAACUUGCGGGAAACCACGAAGCGGAUGAUGCAACAGGGCACGACAUCUUGACACGUCUCAUCUAUGCAAGCCAAUUGGAAGGAGAUAAAGGGCUUACAGACAGCGAACUCGUACGGUUGGCGCAUCUUACCACGCUCACGGCUGACUUUUAUAUGACCACAGGGCAUACACUUUCGGCGACACUUGCCCUGCUUGCUCUGCAUAACGAGGAGCAGGAUAUGGCUGUAAAGAACAUUCUCGACAUUCUCCGUGACGGGAGAGAUCCAACCUUCGACGACUACCCAAAGCUUGAACGUGUGCGCGCAUGCUUCCAGGAGGCUGCACGUAUGUUCCCUUCCACCAACCUUGUAACACGAGACACCGCCGAGGCCGUUGUGCUGAGCCUGCCUCAUACGAACGGCAGCGAGCCGCUUGUCGUCCCGCCUGGCGUCAGGAUUCUCAUCGACAUGAUAGGCAUACACUAUGACGAAGAGCGCUUCCCCGACCCGGAGCGGUUUGACCCUUCUCGCUGGUUGGGCGUACCAGAGCGCGACCUUACGUUCUUCGGAAUCGGCCCGCGCGCAUGCCUCGCCAGGAAGUUCGCUUUGACAGAGGUGGUGCUUGUGCUGACAAUGCUUCUCCGCGACUGGAAGUCUGUCCCCACAAGCUCAGCACGCACACUGGGCGCAUGUGGGUGCACGCUCGCGACGUACGGCAGCCCGUCCUCCGUGGCGAUUGCGAGCCCGACCUCCGCAAUAUCACCAUUCGUAUGCGGUGCCGAUGCUGAGCGAAAGGAUCGGUGCGGCGGUGGUCAUCAUGCGGAUCUGCUCACCCGAGGGAGUGUCCCAGAACCUCAACUAUCCAGGGUCAUCCGCACGAACAGCGUCGACCUUGUUCUGGCUACUGCGCAGCACUAUCAGAUGCGGAAAGUGGAGUUCUCCCUUCCUCGCCCUGGUCCCAACCAGGAUCAGCUUCCACCUGUAAAGGACUGUCCUUUUCCGACGACUGUAGGCAUUGUUGGGGGUGGUGUAGCGGGUUUGUAUGCGGCUUUGAUACUCCAGGACUUCGAAGAGUAUGGAUACACCUGUCAAGUCCUUGAGGCAGAGGAAGCGCACAUAGGCGGUAGACUGUGGACGUACCAAUUUCCUAACGGUGAUCCGGCAGUUGACUUCUACGAUCGUGGAGCAAUGCGUUUUCCAGAAACCAAAUUCACCGAACGCGUAUUCCACCUGUUCAGCAAGUUGGGCAUCGAGAAGGGCGGCCUGCUGCAGCCGUUCAUCUUCUCUGUGCCCGAGAAUAAUAUUCUCUACUUCAACGGUCGUUGCAUGACAGCACAGGCUUAUACCCAAACCGCAGAGGAAGACCCAUUCGACAUUGGCUUACGUGACAAAAAGGACAAAUAUAUCAAAAAGGCGUUUGGACCUUUCAAGGACGAGUUCAAGAAAAACUUCGACAAGGGUUGGGACAAAUUGAUGCAAUUUGAUUCGUACUCCACUCGCACCUACAUGAGGUUCGAACUUGGAUGGGAUGACAGCGUGGGCUUUGUAUCGCAUUAUCAGAGUUUUUUAUAG